CAAGCACACCUGCUCUUAACCACGGCUGAAGGAAGACGCUAACGGCCACUUCUCACGUCUCAGCGCCCGCAGGAAGUCCGGACCAGCUCCGUUUUAUUCUCCAACAAAAUCCGCAUUUUCUUCCAUUUUCACCGAAAAAAACAAAGACUGCGGACACUUUGGACCGGCGACACACGACAGGGAUGGAGGAGUAUCAUAACGGCAGCGAGGGCUCCUUUAACUCUGAAGAAGCUGAAAACACCGUCAAAGAGUGUAUUGAGAAUGUGGUGGGCAGUGACGACUACAGCCAGGCUCAGGUGAACAAAUGGACGGCGAGCAUCGUGGAGCGCUGCCUCACACAGCUGGUCAAACAGGGGAAACCCUACAAGUACAUCGUGACGUGCGCUGUGAUGCAGAAAACAGGAGCGGGCCUCCACACAGCAAACUCCUGCUACUGGGACACCGCCAUGGACGGUAAGACUUCCGUCGUCUGCUUUAUCACCUCGUACGCUUGUGAUGAUGUCAUUGCACCACGUUACCUGCGGUGUGAAAACACGUGGUGGCGCCAGAAGAAUGAUGAUGAAUCCAUCCCGACGCCUUCACGCCUUCACACUGUGCUCAUAAAAACAGCACAUCUGAAGAACUAA